GGUCAAUGUGGGUUCUUCUGGAGGACUUUAAGCAAGUAUUUUGGCACCACUGUUUGAGCAGAAGAAGGUGCAAGUGAAAGCUUCAUUUGUCUUAGCCAGGCUGGGCCAUGGCGACUCUUUCGGUUUUCCUUGAUGUUCCAUUAGCCAAAGCAGCAGACGUUCCCUUGGAUGCGUACAGAGCAGAUCCUUCACCUGAAAAGGUGUGCCUUGGCCAUGCAGGUAGAUUUCCUAGCCAAGCCUAGCUCCUUCCAACAAUAAUCUGUUUCAAUAGGGAAGGUUGCACAACUUAACUCCAAUGCUGUCACAGGUGAGAAGAAACAUUCAGUGACCAUGGUGUUGUAGAUGUGAGGCACAUAAGGGAAUCAACCUUUUGCUGCUCUUCUGAGGUUAAUGGCUUACUGUUUCUUAGCCACCCAGACGACUGUGAUUUUGAGAGGCAAAAACAUAAGACAUAUAGAGACAUUGCCCUAAGCACUUUCCAGAGGAAAAGAGGACAGGCCCUUGCUCCCAAGCGGCUUCCAGUCUAAAAUUAUAAUGGGACGGAUAGUGUAGAUGCAACCAAGGAAGGGGAGCAGAGGGAAGCAAUAUGUGGUUGUUAAAGUUUCAUGUGUGUUUAGUUCAUUCCAGUACUGCAUGGGAAGUUGAGGGUUGAGCCAACAGAAAAGGUGGUGUCUGAGGAGGUCUUUGAGGGAAGCUAGCACCCUCAGGAGUUCUGGGAGGGACUUCUGAGCAUAAAGACAGAAAGUGCAGAGCCUUUCUAUAUUUUGAUUUUAUAUCUGAACACCCCCUUUCCAGCAGGGAAGUUAGCUGAAAGCAGCUCUGAGUGAUUAACGAAGGAUUUUGUUGUUUAGUCGUUUAGUCGUGUCCGACUCUUCGUGACCCCAUGGACCAGAGCACGCCAGGCACUUCUGUCUUCACUGUCUCCCGCAGUUUGGUCAAGCUCAUGCUGGUAGCUUCGAGAACAUCAUCCAACCAUCUCAUCCUCUGUCGUCCCCUUCUCCUUGUGCCCUCCAUCUUUCCCAACAUCAGGGUCUUUUCCAGGGAGUCUUCUCUUCUCAUGAGGUGGCCAAAGUAUUGGAGCCUCAGCUUCACGAUCUGUCCUUCCAGUGAGCACUCAGGGCUGAUUUCCUUAAGAAUGGAUACGUUUGAUCUUCUUGCAGUCCAUGGGACUCUCAAGAGUCUCCUCCAGCACCAUAAUUCAAAAGCAUCAAUUCUUCGGCGAUCAGCCUUCUUUAUGGUCCAGCUCUCACUUCCAUACAUCACUACUGGGAAAACCAUAGCUUUUACUAUACGGACCUUUGUUGGCAAGGUGAUGUCUCUACUUUUUAAGAUGCUGUCUAGGUUUGUCAUUGCUUUUCUCCCAAGAAGCAGGCGUCUUUUAAUUUCGUGACUGCUGACACCAUCUGCAGUGAUCAUGGAGCCCAAGAAAGUAAAAUCUCUUACUGCCUCCAUUUCUUCCCCUUCUAUUUGCCAGGAGGUGAUGGGACCAGUGGCCAUGAUCUUUGUUUUUUUGAUGUUGAGCUUCAGACCAUAUUUUGUGCUCUCCUCUUUCACCCUCAAUAAAAGGUUCUUUAAUUCCUCCUCACUUUCUGCCAUCAAGGUUGUGUCAUCUGCAUAUCUGAGGUUGUUGAUAUUUCUUCCCGCAAUCUUAAUUCUGGCUUCGGAUUCAUUCAGCCCAGCCUUUCACAUGAUGAAUUCUGCAUAUAAGUUAAUGAAGGAUUAACCAAUAUAAAGAACACCUCCUAAUUCAGAAUACACGCACACACACCCCAAAGAUGCAAUAAGUACAAUGAAUGAACCAGAAGUAUAAUUCAUAUGCUAAACAAAUCAAAACAAUAUAGGUUACAUAAAAAAUAAAUCAUAUAUGCCAGGAACAUCAAUCAGCCUGCAGCAUAAAACAAAACAAAGAAACUCCACUAAGCAGGCCAUUGCCAUGUCUCACCCAGCGGGAAUACACACAUCUCCCACCUCUCACCUGGGGGGGCAGGUUUCACCAACAGAUUCUCACCCUAAGGCAGAAACCAAUUCUCUGAGUGCAGCCAACCAGCAGGCAGACUAACUCCACAUAGUAACAGCUAAAGAACUCUGGACCUGGGUUCAAAUCCCCACUCAGCCAUGAAGUUCACCAGGUGCCCUUGGGCCAGUCCCUGCCUCUCAGCCUAACCUACUUUGCAGGGUUGUCGUGGGGUAAAGUGGGGAGGGGGAGAGAACCGUAUAUGCCAUCUUGAGGUCCUUGGAGGAGAAGUGGGACCUAAAUGAGUCAAUAAACAUAAGGGUGGUGGAGCUAGAGAAGUGAGGGGUCAUGGGUCGGGAUGCAUUAGGAUGUGAGAUUGAAAGUGAGGGUGCGAGUUCAUGGAGAGAUUUGAAGAUAAUGACAGGGAGCUUUGUGCUAGAUUCAGGAGCCAACCAGAAUCCAGUAGCAGAGAACUGAAAAGUGAUGCAUGUCAUCAGAAGGGCAAGUUGGGGGAGGUGAAUCUAUCAAUAUCAGUUCCUCUCAGUUUCUCAUUUCCCCCGAACUUAAGUUCAGAUUUCCACAUUUUCGCACAACGUUGAGAUUUUUGUAUCGUUUCAGAAAGUAUGAAUUAGAUAGGUUCGCCUUUAAAUGCUAACUGGAGCAGAUGUCAUCCCCAUCCCUAGUGAUGAGAGAGGCACAUAACUUUGGCAGCGGACGCAAGCUGCAAAGACACAAGGUGAUUAAGGAGAGAGAAAGAGAGGGCCAUAUUUUUUCAACCGUCAACAAGAUCAAAUAAUUUGGAACCUCCAAAGUCCCUUAUGGAUGCAGAACUGAAACUCAGCAUGACCAAAGCGCAUGGGUGUGCCCUCCUGUUUUUGCCUCUGAAAUGUUGGUGGGUACAGCUUACAUCAGCACUGCCCUUCUUCCCAGGCUGCCAGACAGAUCUGGAGGAAGUUUGGAUCCCACCAGUGGUAAAACGAAUCCUGCUUCAAAUUCCUGAGGACCCAACACUGAACCACGAAUACCUCCCACAGCUCGGAAUUUUGGAAUUCACCCGAGCAGCCAUGGAGCUAGCUAUCGGCAAGGACAGCCACGCUCUCCUAGACAACAGGGUAACAGCUUUUAUCAGCAAUAGCAGCUAAAUUAGAUGUCAGCUCAGUGCUAAUUAAGCCAUUCUGUAUGUAGAUUAACUCUGUGCUUAUCACUGUACCUUAGCUUCAUUUAUGUGGUCCUCCUGUCUAGAGAUGUUGGAGAAUUAUGACAAAAACAGAACUGGGAGCUGCAGCUGAACACGGCAAAUGCAGGGCAGAAUGGAAGCAGAUGCCUUCUUAAAUCCCUAAUAUUGCCCCGUCUUGACUUACCCCAAACUUUCCUUUGUAAAUAGGCAUGUGGUGUUCAGACAAAUGGCGGAACCGGAGCCUUGUGGAUUGGAGCUGAAUUUCUGCACCAUUGGUACAAGCCCAGCUACUGCACAGCUCCAGCAACUGUUUUGAUCGCCGCACCCCACUUAGGUAUAUAAAUUGUUGUUGUUUUCCCAGCACCACUUUGAUGCCUAGCCCUACAGUUGAAGCUGCAAGCCCAUGGGAAAUGUUGCUGUGAUUUAAAAAAGAAUCCCAAUCUGUAGCAGUGCAGAAAACAUAAUCUAGAGGGCACACACACCAUAUGUUUAGAGUACUAUGAUACCACUUUUAAAACUUAUUGCUUCCCCCGAAGAAUUCUGAGAGCUGUUCCAUACUACCCAACAAUCCUGCUUUGAGCGAGACAUCCCAGAUUCACAGUAGCUGCCCCGGCUUCUGUUUGAAAUCCUGGAUUCCUCACCUCCUCAUCCUCGUCCUCUGGGGCAGCCAUGGCAGCUUCCACAACCUUCUCUGCCACUGCUGUACUCCCAGAAGCAGGAACAGCACAUCUGGAAGAACACUUCUGAAAGUGGGCACAUCAAUUCCGGUGGGCAGGGAGAGGCCAAGUAGGCUAAACGACUGGAGCGAAGAUCAGGUGGAUGGGUGGGGGUGAGAAAGAGCGUGGAGAUUGGGCAGGGGCUGGGCAAAAGUGUGGUGAGAUCAGGCAGGGAGGAUAUGGGAGGGGUGUUCUGCUUUGCCGCCCCGAAAUGUUGGAUGGUAUGUAGUUCAAUAAGGGUGCUGAGAACAGGUAGGAGACCCCUGUUCAGAGCUUCAGAGUUUCGGACUGUAUUGUGAUAGUCAAUCUCUCUUCUCAGGAAACUCAGGAAAUUGUAACUCUCAAAGAGGAAUAGGAGACUCCUAACAACUCUCAGCACCCUUAAUGAAUGGCAGCUCCCAGAAUUCUUUGGGGAAGCCAUGACUGUUUAAAGUGGUAUUAUAAUGCUUUGAAUGCAUGCUGUGCAUAUGGCCAGAGUCUUACAGCUUUGCGAGAUGAGGAAGGAGCCUCACUGUCAUCAUAUCCAAGCACCCACUGCAAUUCAGUUAAGGGAGAUUUAGCUCCUAAGUCAGGCCAUUACAGCUGCCUCCAAAUUUGAGAUGAUACUGGAUAUCAUGUCCUACUGUGGGCCUUGCUUAGGCUGCUGGACCCCACCAAACUCACUUGACAGUGGCAGCAGGAACACUCCAAGAAGUUGCCAUUUUAAUUUCCCACAAUGCCCCGGGACACCCAAAACCAUAUCAUUACAGGGCAGUGCAGGAAAUGAAUACAGAGAAUUGCAGCCCAGCUGCCCUUGACAUGAGGGCCCCUGGGCAGAUGUCAAUGUUGGUAAGCACUGGGCCCCUGGCAGUUGCCCUAGGAAGCUCCAAGCCAAUGUAUCUCAUGUACAUAUGAAGCUGCUUUAGACUGUUAAUCCAUCUGUCCUGGUAUUACCUACUCUCACAAUAUUGCAAAGUAUUGGCCAAGACCUUUGAAUGCCUGAGAUGAAUGACAAGUUGACCCUCCCAAUAUAAUUUCACAUGCAGAAGCUAACCAGACUGGCACCUGGAUCCUACUUCAACACUGCCUGGCUUCACAUCUGAGGGCAGUAUGCUGCCAAUUCUGCCUAAUGAUGGAGCCAUCCCUGACACUGAGUAUAUCUAAAUGGACUCAGGCAGAGGUCUUUCCCAGCCCUUCUCCCUGACAUCAUUUAAUUAGAGAAUGAAUCUUGGGCCAUCUGCAUUCAAGCAUGUGCUCUACCACUGAACUCUGCCCCAUUCCUCAUGUGAGCGCAUCCCUCAUUUUCAACCAAAAAACAAAGCUGGCACAAAACAAAGCUCCCACAAGCUUCCCCUCCUAUCUUUUCAGACAAUCUUGGUUGCAUAUUCCAAGUUGCUGGCUUUUCAGACAUCCGUUCUUACCACUACUGGGAUCCCAUCAAAUUGACUGUCGACACAGAAGGGUUCCUGGAGGAGCUGCAGGUAAUGUCCUGAGAAUAAAGGACUACUGUACUUGAUCAACCAGAGCUAGAGAUGGCACCAUGUACGGUUAACAGAGAACCAGGGCACCAAUAGUACCAAAUAGGAUGGGAAACAGCCUUAUUAGAAAAAAUUAACCAAUAAACUGAAACUGACACGGGGACAAAUGGAAGAAGACGCCUUCACCCCAAUAUGGUUCCCUUUAUCACCUACACAGCCCAACAAGACAACGACAAGAAUCCACCAACAGCAUACGAAUCAAUAUAGCUAACCUGAUUCAAAAACACCCACCCACCCCACUCACACAUGAAAACCACAGCCAAUCACAAACAAACAACCACACCCUAGGCCAACCCCAACCUCUCUCACCACCAAAGGAACACAAGCGAAUACAGUGGACGCUCGGGUUGUGAACUUGAUCUGUGUGGGAGGCACGUUUGCAACCCACACUGCCACGUCUGCGCACGUAUGGGUUGCGAUUCAGCACUUCUGCACAUGCGCAAAGCGUGAUUUAAUGCUUCUGUGCAUGCACGACUGCCAAAACCCAGAAGUAACCCGUUCCAGUACUUCUGUGUUUCGGCGCGUCUGUAACCCGAAAAAAAUGCAACCUGAAGCAUCUGUAACCCGAGGUAUGACAGUAGUAAAGUAAAGAGAACCUGCACAAGUGAUGCUGACACAAAACCCCACACAUACAUUAAGUAAAAUAGAAACAUCGCCACCCGACUCCACCCCCACCCACCAUGGUCCCUUCCACCUCUUCCACCCUUUUCUUCCUAAUGUAAAACUAAUGUCUCAACAAAUGAAACUGAUUGGUAGAAAAUGUAACUUGAAAAAAGAGACAUUGCACAUACUUUUAUAAACCAAGAUAUCUUUAAUAAAAAACACGUUAAACAAACAAACAAAACAAAGCAGAGAACCAGAGCACCAGGCUGGAAAAGGUAACAUAUUACUGACUUUAUCUUCCUUCUUGCAGCCUCUAAUUCCUUGCACUACCUACUAGUCCUAGUAUUCAAACAGCUAAGAUCGCAGGUGCGGUAGCAAGAGCAGCGGUGGCUAACUCCCAGUUCAAGGGUCUGUUUCACUCCCUCACCCAAACAAUUUUUUCUGGGGCCCAGCACUGGCAAAAAGAAAAGAAAAACGUAAAGUAAGCACAACACUGUCAUGGUCAGAGCUCAGAGAGGCCUGAUGGGAUCCAAAUCACCCCUUCCUCUCCUUAUAUUGGCCAUUUAAUUAGCACAGGUGUGGAUAGGAACUGUUGGUAUGCGGCCCCCAGAGGAUGGGUCAAAGGUGAUAGUGGCCCUCAACACGGAAAAGUUUAGCAAGCCCUGAGCUAGAACGUUGGGUUGGAAGGGAAUGUGGGAAACUUAGGUUGAAUUCUCUGCUCAUUUAUGAAGCUUGACUGGGUACCCACUGACAAGUAACUGUGUCCUAGCCUGGCCUACUUCACAGGGAUGCUGUGUACACUCUGACCCCUGCAGAGGAAGGGCAGGAUGCGAAUGUAAUUGAUUAAAUAAAUACAACCUCCUUCCUGCAGCAGUGCCCACCCAGUUGUCAACAGAACACAGGAAGCUGUGUCAUCUAGCCUAGUAUUAUCUACCUUGGCUGAGCCUCAGUCUGAAGUCUUCCUCAUUGUCUGCCUCCUGAUGCUGCUAAGAGAUGCUCGGCCUUGAAAAAGGCCUAUAGCUCAGUGAAGGAGGCACUGCCUUACACACAGAAGGUCCCAAGUUCAAUCCCCAGCAUCUCCAGGUAAUGCUGGAAAAGACCCUUGGCUGAAAUCAUGGAAAUCGGUUUCAAAGUAAGCAUAGACCAUACCAGUUAUGACCAUAUCCACAUCCACAUCCAUAGACCAUAUCCACAUCCAUAGACCAUAUCCACAUGCCCUAUUCCCCUGGGAAGACCCAGUUGUUAUCACUGAAUCAGAGCAAACAUCAUUGUUCCCAGAUGGAGGUUUGCUCUGACCUUGUGCCAAAAAGUGUUUUUUUUUCCUGGGAGGAAACGAUGGGGCAGGAGGAAAACCUCUCAGACCCACACUUUCUAACCUCAGGGCAAAUGCAAGUCUAGAUGAGCCCCAAGAUGAGUAUAAAGCAGCCUCCUUUGUUCCUUUGCAACACGGGAGCUCUUGUAAGCAACACAUGUAUUCUGACACUGAGCUAUAGUGUCGUGCCCCUCACACUCGUGCUCGAUACAAACCAUCACUCCUGUUCUGCGUCCCUAGCAUUUUGUAAUCAGAAGUGCACUGCUUCUGAAUGUGAAAGUUUUAUACUUAGGAAUGAUAGCAACAGCCAUUGAUAAACCAUAACAUUGGCUUCAGGCAAUCCCAGUUUUCUUCCCAGACUUCUCCCCCACCCAACGUCUAUGACCCCCAGUGUUUCCAAUCAACAUAAGGUGUUGACUGAAGGAUUGGUUUGCUUUCAGAACGCACCAGAAGGCUCCAUUGUGUUCCUGCAUGCUCCUGAGGAAACUGGCCUGACACCCAAGCAGUGGGAAGAAGUUGCAGCAGUGAUGGAGGUAAAUAUAGGAAUCCACUAGAGAGGCCAAUGACUGGACAGACCGGGAAUAUGGAACCUGCAGCCCUCCUAAUGUUCUUGGAGUCAAACCACUUUAAACAGGCAUGGCUUCCCCCAGAGAAUCCUGGGAAAUGUAGCUUGUUAAGAGUGCUGAGAGCUGUUAAGAGACCGCUGUUCUUCUCAAAGAGCUACCAUUCUCACAAUUCUCUGGGAAGAGGGAUCGAUUGUUAAACCACUCUGGGAACAGUAGAUCCAUUAAUGGAAUAGAGGUCUCCUAACGACUCUCAGCAGCUUAACAAAGUAAAGUUGGCAGAAUUAUUUGGUGGUGGAGAGGGUGCUGUGACUGUUCAAAGUGGUAUGAUCAGGCACAAGCAAACUCGGCCCUCCAGAUGUUUUGGGACUACAACUUCCACCAUCCCUGACCACUGGUCCUGUUAGCUAGGGAUGAUGGGAGUUGUAGUCCCAAAACAUCUGGAGGGCUGGAGUUUGCCUAUGCCUGAGUAUGAUGCUGCUUUAAAAGCAUAGGACAUAUGGGGCCCGUCUGAUAGUGGGAAAAUGGAAAUUUGUUGGGAAAAGGGGCAUGGUAUGGAGUGGAGUGGUUAGAAUCCUGAGGAGAAGCACUUGAUACCCAGUUUGCUUCAGGUCCCACUUGUGAAAUAAUAAUAAUGAUGAUGAUGAUGAUGAUGUUUUAUUUAUAUCCCGCCCUCCCCAGCCAAAGCCAGGCUCAGAGCAAAAAGAUAAUGUGCAAGUAUAUCCCAUGCUUCACUGCAAAUAAUUAUGCCAUCCCCACUUCCAAGAAGUGAGAUGUUUUAGGGCAGAACUUUAGGGUUUUUCUUUUUCUUUUGAUGAGUGGACACUUAAGAGACUUCAGCUCUGUUUGUAACACUGGCUUGAUUUACAAAUUUACAAGCAAAUCACAGCGAAGGCAAAACAGGCCCUCCUCCAGCAGGCUGCACAUUCACCAGAGACUACAUCCCAAAAUCUUUCCCUUUCCCUUCCAUUAAAAAAACCUCUGCUGCCUGCCUGUUUUCUGAGAUCCCACCUUGCAGGUGAAUUGUGCAUUUGGGAAAUAACAUCAAGUCAUUAGGGAGAACAUUAAGCUUCCUUAGUCAAGUCCUAGACACUCAUCAGAAGGCACUUUUAAGCAACCUUGUAAAUCAGACCAUAAAAGUCAAUAGCCUGUCCAAAAGAACAAAACCAAACCUCUGUUCUGCUGGAGCUCCAGUCCUCUUACAGCAGCCUGCUGUAUUUUGUGCUAGACAUGGAGAAGUGGGCUUCCCUGCUAUGAUAGCAAAUUUGCUUUGUAUGCUGGGCUACAGAGAAGGAACAGAGUGCUCCAUCCAUCCUCCUUUAGCUCGCUCACUCACUUCUAUGGAAUUCCGUUUACUCACCCAACAGCAAUUCCUUGUCACGAUUGCCAGGCUAGUGUUUCAAUGCAAAGCUGUUUUUAGGUAAACCCAUGGCUAUCGUUCACAAGAAUGUCAGCCAAAUUCACAAUGCAUCUGUUUCUUCUUUCUUCCCACCUCUUUUGGGUCCUUAGAAAAAGCACCUCUUCCCCUUUUUCGACAUCGCAGCUCAAGGACUGGCCUCAGGAAACUUGGACAAGGAUGCCUGGGCAGUGCGGCAUUUUGUAGCAAAGGGAUUUGAGCUUCUGUGUGCCCAGUCUUUUUCCAAAAUGUUUGGCCUAUACGGUAGGACUCUAAUGGUCACACUAAGUGGGUCCUAGGCAGACUGAGCAUCUUGGGGAAGGGCAGUAGAAUCCCUUUCACGUUGAAGAGCAAAAGCAUGCAUAAGAGGAUUGUGGGAUCAUCCCAGGUAACGUCGUCCCCUAUCACCGUAUCAGGAACCUGUGUUACAUUGCUGCCAAAUCCAUUUCUGCUGUGUGCUUUGAUGAUGAUGAUGAUGAUGAUGAUAAUAAUGAUAAUUUAUUAUUUAUACCCCACCCAUCUGGCCAGGCCUCCCCAGCCACUCUGGGCGGCUUCCAACAAAAUAUUAAAAUACAGUUAUGCAUCAAACAUUAAAAGCUUCCCUAUACAGGGCUGCCUUCAGAUGUCUUCUAAAAGUAUGGUAGUUGUUGCUCUCUUUGACAUCUGGUGGGAGGGCAUUCCACAGGGCAGGUGCCACUACUGAGAAGGCCCUCUGCCUGGUUCCCUGUAUCUUCGCUUCUCGCAGUGAGGAAACCGCCAGAAGGCCCUCAGCAAUGGACCUCAGUGUCCGGGCAGAACGAUGGCGGUUGAGAUGCUCCUUCAGGUAUACUGGACCUUUCCCUUCCAUUGAUGGCAUGAUGCAGGCCUAGGCAGCACAGCUCUGCAGCCCCCUUGCAUAUGCUCUCGGUGCGUAAGUCUGGUUUUUGGUUUUUUUGUCACUUGCAUUUAAAACCUACCCAUCAUCAUGGGGACCCAGGAGUUGUAAGAAAAAGCAGGUGUCACAUACAGUGGUACCUCGGGUUAAGAACUUAAUUAGUUCUGGAGGUCUAUUCUUAACCUGAAACUGUGCUUAACCUGAAGCACCACUUUAGCUAAUGGGGCCUCCUGCUGCUGCCACGCUGCUGGAGCACGAUUUCUGUUCUCAUCCUGAAGCAAAGUUCUUAACCUGAGGUACUAUUUCUGGGUUAGCGGAGUCUGUAACCUGAAGUGUAUGUAACCUGAAGCAUAUGUAACCCGAGGUACCAUUGUAGUUGGGAAGGCUGCCUGGAAGUCCAUGACUGCUCUGAAAAGAUAUCAUACCUAUAUUUAAACACUAGAGGUCCUCAAAGACAAGAGAAAGGAGUUCAGAAAUUAGUGAAUAACAAUGAGUGCACUCACUCUGAGUUAUUCUCUUUAGCUUGCUACAUCAGUGCCCAGUUUAUAUCACAUUUAUGCUUGUGAUGACUUUAUGGAGUGGUUUAAAAAUCCACUCCUAUUGUGUGCCAUCCAAAAGCGCUUCCAAAAUUGGAUUGAAUGGCAGGGGUAAAAACUGACUGAUGCUCUUCAGGAACUAAUCACAUAGGAGAAGAGCCGUAGCUCAGUGGGAGGGCAUUUGCUUUGCAUGCAGAAGGUUCCAGGUUCAAUCCCCAGCAUUCCCAAUUUGGGCUAGGAAUGUCCCCCACCUGAAGCACUGGGGAGUCACUGAGAGUGUAGAUUUCGGUUUAUUAAAUUCCACCACAAAAAGGCCCAAAGUGAUUUUACGACCAGUAUAAAAAUCCAAUGAUAAAAAUGCACAAGCAUAUUAAAAAAAAUCAUCAUAAUGCAGACUUCCAAUCACUGGUCCUGCCCAGUCCCCAGUAAAUGAAAACCCUGCCUGCCAUAAGUGGACCUCUCUGGGGAAAGCCUUUCAUAUAUAUUGAGCUAUUAUAGAAAAGGUAUGUUCUCUCAUUGCCACCCUCUGAAUGUCCUUCAUGUUAAGUUGUGGGUGAACAUAUCAGACGACACAGCGAUUCUUCAACAGCUCUUGUUGAAGAGACCAGAACAGAACUGAACUGAAGGGCUCAGUCAGCCUGCUUAUAUAGAGCUCCAAUACAACGUUACUGUAGCAACUUUCUAAAACUAUCCAAUCACUGAACGUCACUUUCGAUCCUUCAUUUGCAUAACUAUCUACAGUAUCCCCCUGCUGGCCCAGGGUGAAAACUUCAGUACAUAACACUUCAGAGGUGGCAUACAGAGAAGGGGCUCAGGUGACGAUCUCAGGGUCUGGGCAGGUUCAUAUGGUGAAAGUGUAGACGACCGCAUGCCUGAUGGUCCUGAGUGGACUGACUCAAUGUAAGGCAUGUUCCUAUAUUCCUUUGAAGGCUUGGGUGGGUUGUCCUCUGGACUGGCAGCCUCAGGGAUACUCCCUGCAACUCCCACCAGCCCCAGCAAUUUCUGAAUAUGGUGGAGGAAUAGGAAGUGUAGUCUGAAGCUGUUCUGUGUGGGGAGAGCUGGCUGCGUACGCAUGUAAUUGAUUCGUAUACAAUUGAUUGGCAACGCCAUCUUCAACAUGUCCUGUUCCCUUUUGCUAUUUCAUGCAGAGGAACGAGUUGGAAAUCUCAUUGUGGUGACGAAAAACAACCAGACACUGAUCAGAAUCCAAUCCCAGCUGUCCAAGCAAAUAUGCAUGACGUGGUUUAGCCCCACCAGCUUGGGGGCAAGGGUCAUUGCAAUGGUGCUGACCAGCCCUGCACUGCUGUACGAGUGGUAAGAAGGAAGGCAGGUAACUCCGCGGUCGGGGCUUGUAUUGGACAAAAAAAAAUUGUCUGCUGCUGUUUUGUGAAUAUUUUGAUGCACCUGUAAUGAAGGUAUUUCCCAAAAUAUUUUUGCACAAUUGCUGUGAGUGGGAAAAGGCAACAGGAAAGAGGGAGAUCAGCAACCGAGGCAAGGGUUGAAUAAAUACAGUAUUUUUCACUCUAUAAGAUGCACCAGACCACAAGACGCACCUAGUUUUUGGAGGAGGAAAACAAGAAAAAAAAUAUUCUGAAUCUCAGAAACCAGAACAGCAAGAGGGAUCGCUGCGCAGUGAAAGCAGCAAUCCCUCUUGCUGUUCUGGCUUCUGGGAUAGCUGUGCAGCCUGCAUUCACUCCAUAAGAUGCACACACAUUUCCCCUUACUUUUUAGGAGGGAAAAAGUGAGUCUUAUAGAAUAAAAAAUACGGUAUUCUGCAGGCACCAGUGCUAUAAUAGCAUUCAAUGCAGGAGUGAGGAACCUGCAGCCCUCUGGACUCCAUUUCCCACCAGUCCCAGCUAGUGUGGCUGCAAGUGGUGCCAACUUUUAUCACCCUGUUUAUUUGCCUGGACAUUUAAAAUGUUGGCUAUGCUGUUGGUUUGCUCUGUUGUGUUAACUGGUUCAUGAACUGUUUCAUUGAUUGUUUUGUUCUUGUUGCAUUAUUGUAUUUUGUCUUGGUAUGGUUGGUUCAGUCAUGCCUGUAAUAUUCUGCCCUGGUGCCCUUAAGGAUGAAGGGAACAUUUAAAAGCACUCAGAGAUCUCAUAUACAGAUUAUAUCAUUAGUAUCAAAAAUUAGGGUUGUCCACUUGUCAAAAGAAAUCAGGAAUGAUUAAUUUAUGGGUGGUUGACUGGUUCAUUCAUCCUCUCUUUAAAUCUGCAUAGAUGCCUAUACAUAAGACCAGCUGCUAAAGCAAAAAAGCUUCUUUCUUGUUUAGAGGAUUUGUGGACAUGUCACAGCAGGUACUACUGUGAAAGGAGAAAUGCCUCAUUCUUAAAAUCUAUAGAUGUCUAGACCCAGGGAUUGGUUUGAUUCUGGUUUGAUAUCAUAAUUUGUAUGGAUUGCUCAAACCACAGUUUCGUUUUGAUAUCCAUACCAAGAAACUGUGGUACCAAGAAACUGUGGUAUGGAUAUCAAAACGAAACUGUGGUUUAACUGAACAUUGAAUUAAAGCAUGAAAGCGAAGGGAGGAAAGAAAUAAUGUGGGAGUAUGUGAACGCAUGACUCAUUCCUAGUUCAACAAACUUUAGUUUGUUGGGCUGUAAUCAUUAUGUCUGAACCAGACUUCGCAGCCGUUUUGAGGAGAGAGCGGGGGGGGGGGAGGGGAUCUCAUGCCAUAUCUUUUCUAUCCCUGUCCUCAGGAAACAGAGUCUGUUGAAACUAGUAAAGAGAAUUAUGCUGAUUAGAGAAAAACUGAAGGAAAAGCUGCGUAUCCUGGGGACACCGGGUUCCUGGGAACAUAUCACAGCCCAAUCAGGAGUCAAUAGCUUUGUCGGGCUCCUCCGUAUGUAUCCAAUAAGCCUAUUCUCUUGCCAGUGGAAGCUGGUCCAUUAGGGCAAAUGGGGCACUGAUCCAUCACUUUGGUCUGCCUUAAGUCAGCCCCCACCUGACUGCCUUCUUACUUAAAACCAGUCCAGAGGCUGGAAGGAGCAGCUAUCUGCUUCCUCCUCCCCUGACUCAGUGUUGGCCUUGUAGAACUCAGCAGAGAGGAGGAUUUGUAUGGACAAAUCUAGAAUUAGUUGGCUCUGCCUGUCAUUGACUUUUGCUCUGCCUACUGUUCACCUCCCUGCCUUCCUCCCUACAAGUCCCAAAGGGCACCAGCCACCAUUGUCUGUUGCUGAGCCCAAGACAGGUCUGCAUUUGGACUGUGCCCUUCCUAAACACUAGGCUCAAACCUUACCAGGCGUAUGUACGGGUAUCUCUCUUUGCUCCCUGCUUCGCCAUGGUGAGUUGCCAUUGAUCUGGAUGCAUGGUAGAGGAACCACAGGACUGCUUCACUGUGUGUUCGGCGUGGUCUGUUCACCUGGAAGUAACUUCCAUCCCACAUCUCUAAACUGCCCUUAAGAGAUAGAACUCAAUGUUGCAGAGUGGAAAUCACAGCCUCUGCACUGUUUUCUAUAUGCUUUUUAAAAGGUGGAAGUUGGAGGUGCAACAAACCAUUGCAGCAUGAAGUGCUUUUGUUCAGGGUUCCAGUCUCUCCUAUUUGUUCCCCUUCCCGUGGUUUUCUGUUUUGUUCCCCAGCAGUGAGUCAUAAUUCUGUAGCCACUGAGCACACUCAUUGAGCUGUUUCCCAGUCCCCCCGGCUACUCUAUUCUCAUCCACUGCCCCACCUGUCUCCCAGAUCAUUCCCUAUUCCUCCUACUCUCUUGGUCACUCCCCUUUCUGUUCAGCUGCUCAGAUGCCAGUCUGCAAACCAAAACAACUUUGGUCCCCAUCUCUAGCAGAACAUCAGUUAAGGUGCUUGUGCAUGUCAGUGGGAACCCUGAGUGCACCAGAUUCCUACUGAGAUUGAGAGUCUAUACACAUGUGACUUCCUGGCUCACAUACCACUCACAGGGCAGAGCCACCAGAAGGUGGAGGUGAAGACUCCACACCUGCCUAUAAGAGAUCUUGGGAUGGGGGCCCAUGAUCUCACUUCCAUCUCUAAAUUUUGUUUAUGUUCAAGGGAUGGAAUCAGAGGUUACAAGUAAUUUUUUUGGGGGGGGGAAUCAUCCCCCAGACCUGCAGAUUUCACCCCGAAAACAUGUAUUGAGGUGUAAAGGUAAAGGUAAAGGUACCCCUGCCCGUACGGGCCAGUCGUGUCCGACUCUAGGGUUUGUGCGCUCAUCUCACUUAAGAGGCCGGGAGCCAGCGCUGUCCACAGACACUUCCGGGUCAUGUGGCCAGCGUGACGAAGCUGCUCUGGCGAGCCAGCACCAGCGCAGCACACGGAAACGCCGUUUACCUUCCCGCUAUAAAGCGGUACCUAUUUAUCUACUUGCACUUAGGGGUGCUUUCGAACUGCUAGGUGGGCAGGAGCUGGGACCAAAAGACGGGAGCUCACCCCGCCGCGGGGAUUCGAACCGCCGACCAUACGAUCGGCAAGUCCUAGGCGCUGAGGUUUUACCCACAGCGCCACCCGCGUCCCGUAUUGAGGUGUACAGAUCCCCAAAUCUUUGUUGGAUUGAGGUGGAUGCUUUUAAUAUGCUAGUCAUGCUUCGAAAUGUUUCCAUUCUAAACAAAAUGUGGCUUCACAAAGUCACGAUUCAUGAAUGAUUACAAAAGCUUUGGAUUCCGCACUAAUUAUAUUUCCCAAUUAGCUAGCUGUAUUAGAGUUAAAUAAGAAACUGAAACGUCCACUUUAUUCAAACUGGGCAUGGAAAUGAAGCAAGUUCUCCAGUUCAGAGAUGAUCUGAAUGAACAGGCAGAAUCAGGAGAAUGGCAGGAACAUUAAAAAAAAUAAAAUAAGUUGCAUUAAUGGUUUUAUUGUUUCUGUGUCUGCCGCCUGGAAUCCUUUGGGAGGAAGGGUGAGAUAUAACUUUGUAAUCAUCAUCAUCAUCCAUUACACUGGGGAUGGGAAAUUCUCGAAGCUGCAGAUUUGUAUUACGUCAGCCAUUCAAGCUAAGUAAACGUGAGCAUUAUUUGUAUGCAUGCUUCAUUUGCAUCCUGUGUGUUUCGUAAUUCUUUUGAGGUUGUUUGCAUUGAUGAGCCUUUUGAUCGUAGCUGGUUUUAUGCCCAGGCCAAUACUGUUACUUAUUUCCUGCCAGCUUCCCAAGUGGAUUUCCUGGCGCAGCACAAACAUAUCUACCUCCUUGCAAACAAGCAGAUCAACAUCUGCAGCAUUAAUUCAAAGAACCUGGAUUAUGUUGCACGGAGCAUCCAUGAAGCAAUUGUGACCACGAUCCCUCACAUCCAAAGUGAGCUCAUGGAGAGUUCGAGUGAGAACCAUGAACCUUCAAGAGAGUCCACCUGAAUGAUUUUUUAAUAGGUGCAAUAAAACUUUGUUUUGCAAAGCCUCUGUAUA